CUUCAACAUAAACACACCCAUUUCACACUCCCACUAUCUCUCUCUCUCUCUCUCUCUCUAUCAAAAUGGGGAAACCGCCUCCUCCGAUCCACAAACGGCCGAGCGGGCGCACAAACCUAGCCUCGUGCAUCGUAGCCACAGUCUUCCUCAUCUUCGUGGUGAUCAUCGCGUGCAUAAUCUACCUCACAAUCUUCAAACCCAAGGCCCCCUCCCUCGCCGUCAACUCCGUCACUCUCCCGGCCUUCUCCGCCACCAACUCCUCCGUCAGCUUCACCUUCUUCCAAUACGUCACCGUCACCAACCCCAACCGCGCCGCCUUCGCCCACUACGACAGCUCCAUCCAGCUCCUCCACGCAAGCCGCCAGGUGGGCUUCCUGUUCAUCCCCGCCGGCCACAUCGCCGCCGGGCAGACGCAGUACAUGGCUGCCACCUUCUCCGUCAAGUCGUUCCCGGUGGAGGAGGAGGCGGAGACCAUGGAGGUGGAGUCCACGCUGGAGAUGGCGGGCCGGGUUCGGGUCCUGCAUUUGUUUAAUCAUAACGUGGGGGCCCGCGCCGACUGUAGUGUUUCGGUUUCUGUUACUGAUGGGGCUGUCUUGGGCUUCUACUGAUAUUCGGACGAGGAGGAUCAUUGGGCGUGGCACUGAGGAUCGAGGACUCUACUACGUGGAUGGGGUAGCUCAACAUGGCAGUGCGAUGUUGGCUCACGGGUCCACGAAAGAGGAGGCUUGGCUGUGGCACAGAAGACUAGGACACCCGUCUCAUGGUUACUUUAAACUUUUGUUCCCAAAUUUUUCUUUACCUAAAGAUUUUUCUUGUGAAACUUGUGUUUUGGCCAAAAGCCACAGACAG